GUAUUCUGGUGCUGAAGUCUCUCUGAACCCUGUCGGAAUACGGCGCUGUGUGUGCUGCGCAAACAUGGCACCUGUCCUCCAAACACUCGUGGUCAUCGUUGCAUCUGUCUUGCUGCAAAGUGCCUCCUCGGCUCAUCUCAAUGACACCAUCUUUGCGGUGACUGUGAGCUCCCGGGUGAGAGGAGGCGAGCAGGAAACCUUGUGCGCCCUCAUCCACGGCCCCACGGAGCUCGUCACGCUCACAAUCACCCUGGAUGUGAAGUCUGGCAGCGCUGUCAUCCUGGAGAAGAAGAUCAGACAAGACUUUUACCAAUGCAUGAAUUUUAAGGUUCCAGCAGUGCGCAAAAAUACUGUGGCAACCAUAAAUGUCACUAUCAAAGGAGAGAGUGGCUCCAUGAACAAGAAGACCAAAAUCCUCAUUGUGCCCCCCGCUUUUAUCCACAUUAUCCAGAGUGAUAAACCUGUCUACAAACCUGGACAGACCGUGCAAUUCCGAAUUGUUUCCAUGGAUUCCGGUUUCAUCCCUGUGGACCGGAUG